AUGGCUUCUCUCUUCACCUUUGCCUUUCUUCUUUCGAGCAUAACACUAUGGGUACUGCUUCUGACUCCUUUGCACUCAAGAGCCUAUGAUUACCAUACAGCUUGCAGUAAUCUGUAUGAUUGUGGAAAUAUAAGGAACGUUGGGUUUCCGUUCUGGGGACAAGGUCGUCCACAAGGUUGUGGCUAUCCUGAGUUGUUUCUCAAUUGUUCUGGAAAUUCGACCUUCUUAAUGAUACAAAGCGUUAGAUACUUGGUUUUGGAUGCCAAACCGGACAAGCAAGUUAUGAGAAUUGUUAGGUUUGACUACAUGGACGAUCUUUGCCCUGAUCAGUUUAUCAACCCGAUCCUUGAUCCUAAUGUGUUUGAAUAUGUGCCUGAACUAAAAUAUCUUACGCUUCAAUAUGGUUGUCUGCCAGCAAUUCCUUAUGUGAAGCUUGGACAAUUUUUUUGCUCCAAAAAUGGUCUUCAUGAUGAAAAUGGCUUUGCUCUGUUGGGUAAGGAUACAGGCCUUUCUGAGUUUUGUAAUGCAAGCAUCGUUGUUCCUAUUGAAGUUUCUCUGUCACUGGUUGAUAUUGUGGAUUUGAGCAAAAUCCAAGGAGCAAUCAGAAAUGGAUUUGAAGUGAAAUGGAUAGCUGGUACUGAUGAAUGUGACAAGUGUCAGAAAUCAGGAGGAGUAUGUGGCUAUGAUUGGGUUGCAAGAAGCAAUUCCUGCUUCUACAAAGAUGAAUCUUCAGCCUCCUCUCCGGUAACAGGAUAUCACGUAGCACCUUAUCGGCCUUCAGAGAACAGAACAGCCCUUAUAGCAGGCACUAGUGCAGCUGCUGCAGUUUUUUUAAUUCUUAUUGGAUUAUGCUUGUUCUUUAUCGUAAGACGAAGGAAAAGAAUUGCAGAACAAUCACAAACCAAGGACCUCUUCAUGGCCCCUUAUAGCAGAGGCGUUGCUACCUCCACAACAACUUCAUCUCAGAGUGUUCCAUCUUACGUUACCUCAAUGACUGAAUCUAAGCAAUACAGUUUCUUAUAUGGGGUUAAGGUGUUUAGCUAUGCUGAACUUGAGGAAGCCACUAAAAAUUUUGAUCCUUCCAUGGAACUUGGUAAUGGAGGUUUCGGCACUGUUUAUUAUGGCAUUCUGAAAGAUGGACGUGCAGUUGCAGUGAAACGGCUUUACGAAAGCAAUCUGAAACGUGUUGAGCAAUUCAGGAAUGAAGUUGAGAUUCUAGCUCGACUCAAGCAUAAAAACCUGGUUGCACUCUAUGGAUGCACCUCUAGACAUAGCCGAGAACUUCUCCUUGUCUAUGAAUACAUUCCUAAUGGAACAGUGUCAGAUCAUCUCCAUGGGAAUCGAUCUAAGUCUUCUUUGCUCCCUUGGUGUACCCGAUUGAACAUUGCAGUAGAAACAGCUGAGGCCCUAGCCUACCUCCAUGAAUCAGAUGUCAUACACCGGGAUGUUAAAACCAAUAACAUUCUCCUAGACCAUAACUUUAAGGUCAAGGUUGCUGAUUUUGGUCUUUCGAGGUUGUUCCCAAAUGAUGUUACCCAUGUGUCAACUGCCCCACAAGGAACACCCGGUUAUGUUGACCCUGAGUAUUAUCAGUGUUACCAAGUCACCAGUAAAAGCGAUGUUUAUAGCUUUGGAGUUGUCUUAGUUGAGCUCAUAUCAUCCUUAGAGGCCGUGGACAUCACCAGGCACCGCCAUGAUAUAAAUUUGGCCAGUCUUGCUAUAAACAGAAUUCAGAAUCAUCAAGUUCAUGAGUUGAUUGAUCCACUUCUAGGGUUUGAAAGAGACAAUGCAAUCAAGCAGAUGACAACAGGAGUUGCAGAGUUGGCCUUUAGGUGUUUGCAGCAAGAUGGAGACAUGAGACCCUCCAUGAAUGAGGUACUGGAAAUAUUGAGAGGAAUCCAAAAAGAAGGGUAUGGUGGACAUGAAGAUCUAGAGAAGAAUAAUAAAAGGGUGGAUGAAAUCAUGCUUUUGAAAGAUGCCCCUCCUCCAUUCUCACCAGAUUCAGUUGCAGAUAACUGGGUUAGCUCUUCUACUACUUCUACUUCCUCAUAACUUCUAUGAUUUCACUGUUGACCUAAAUGAGAUGAGGUGAUAAUGCACAUUGAUAUUUGCGCGGUCUGUAUAUAAUAUAUAUAUAGAGAGAGAGUAACUUACCCAAA